CCCGGGCCUGUCUGCCCGCCGCCCCGCUGCUGCGCGCCUGCCGGUGGCCCCGCCGGUGCCCGCGCCGACCGCAUGGCGCUCCGGGGCUUCUGCAGCGCGGAUGGCUCCGACCCCUUCUGGGAGUGGACCGUCACGUGGAACACCAGCAACCCUGACUUCACCAAGUGCUUUCAGAACACCAUCCUCGUGUGGGUGCCUUGUUUUUACCUCUGGGUCUGCUUCCCCUUCUACUUCCUCUAUCUCUCCCACCAUGACCGGGGCUACAUUCAGAUGACGCAUCUCAACAAAGCCAAGACUGCCUUGGGAGUUUUGCUCUGGCUCGUCUGUUGGGCAGACCUCUUCUACUCUUUCUGGGAAAGAAGUUGGGGCGAGUUCCCGGCCCCCGUGUUCCUGGUCAGCCCUACCUUCUUGGGUAUCACCAUGCUGCUUGCUACCUUUUUAAUUCAGCUCGAGAGAAGGAAAGGAGUCCAGUCCUCAGGAAUAAUGCUCACAUUCUGGCUUAUAGCCCUACUAUGUGCCAUUGCCAUCUUGAGAUCUAAAAUCAUGACUGCCUUAAAAGAGGACGCCAAAGUCGACGUGUUUCGUGAUGCCACUUUCUACAUUUACUUCUCCCUCGUGCUGAUUCAGCUCGUGCUGUCCUGUUUCUCAGACCGCGCGCCCCUGUUCUCUGAAACCAUCAACGACCCCAACCCUUGCCCGGAAUCUGGCGCCUCCUUUCUUUCCAGGAUCACCUUCUGGUGGAUCACAGGGUUGAUGAUCCUGGGCUACCGCCAGCCCCUGGAGAGCACGGACCUCUGGUCCUUAAACAAGGAGGACAUGUCGGAAGAAGUGGUGCCCAUGUUGGUAAAGAACUGGAAGAAGGAAUGUGCAAAAUCCAGAAAGCAGCUGGUGAAGAUCGUGUACCCGUCCCAGGAUCCCACCAAGCCUAAAAGCGGCUCCAAAGUGGAUGUGAACGAGGAGGCCGAGGCUUUGAUUGUCAAGCCCUCCCGGAAGGAGCGGGACCCGUCCCUGUUCAAGGUGCUCUACAAGACCUUCGGACCCUACUUCCUUAUGAGCUUCCUGUUCAAGGCCGUGCACGACCUGAUGAUGUUCACCGGCCCAGAGAUCCUGAAGUUGCUCAUCAACUUUGUGAACGACAAGGAGGCCCCGAACUGGCAGGGCUACUUCUACACCGCACUCCUGUUCAUCAGCGCCUGCCUCCAGACCCUCGUGCUACAUCAGUAUUUCCACAUCUGCUUCGUCAGCGGCAUGAGGAUCAAGACCGCCGUCAUCGGGGCCGUCUACCGGAAGGCCCUGGUGAUCACCAAUUCUGCCAGAAAAUCCUCUACGGUCGGGGAGAUCGUCAACCUCAUGUCUGUGGACGCCCAGAGGUUCAUGGACCUGACCACAUACAUUAACAUGAUCUGGUCAGCCCCUCUGCAAGUCAUCCUUGCGCUCUACCUCCUGUGGCUGAACCUGGGUCCCUCCGUCCUGGCCGGAGUGGCUGUAAUGAUCUUCAUGGUCCCCGUCAAUGCCGUGAUGGCCAUGAAGACCAAGACCUACCAGGUACUGUGUCUGGGCCCUGGGACACAAGUCAGUGCUGGGCAUUCUGCUUGCUUGCAGGUGGCCCUGUCUACGUUUGCCGUCUACGUGACCGUCGACAAGAACAACAUCCUGGAUGCCCAGAAAGCCUUUGUGUCCUUGGCCUUGUUCAACAUCCUCCGCUUCCCCCUGAACAUUCUUCCCAUGGUCAUCAGCAGCAUCGUGCAGGCGAGUGUCUCCCUCAAACGCCUCAGGAUCUUUCUGUCCCACGAGGAGCUGGAGCCCGACAGCAUCGAGCGGAGGCCUAUCAAAGACGUUUCAGGGGUGCAGGGUGAGGGGGAGGGUGUGGGUGUGUUAUGUUGUUUCAGCAUCACCUUCUCCAUUCCGGAAGGUUCCUUGGUGGCCGUGGUGGGCCAGGUGGGCUGUGGAAAGUCAUCUCUGCUCUCAGCGCUCUUGGCCGAGAUGGACAAAGUGGAGGGGCACGUGUCUAUCAAGGGCUCAGUGGCCUACGUCCCCCAGCAGGCCUGGAUUCAGAAUGACUCUCUCCGAGAAAACAUCCUUUUCGGACGCCAGCUCCAGGAACGGUAUUAUCAGGCUGUGAUCGAAGCCUGUGCCCUCCUCCAAGAUCUGGAAAUCCUGCCCAGUGGAGACCGGACAGAGAUUGGUGAGAAGGGCGUGAACCUGUCAGGAGGCCAGAAGCAGCGCGUGAGCCUGGCCCGGGCCGUGUACUGUGACUGUGACAUCUACCUCUUGGACGACCCCCUCUCGGCUGUGGAUGCCCACGUGGGAAAACACAUAUUUGAAAAUGUGGUUGGCCCCAAGGGGAUGCUGAAGAACAAGACGCGGCUCCUGAUCACACACGGGAUCAGCUACCUGCCUCAAGUGGAUGUCAUCAUCGUCAUGAGUGGCGGCAAGAUCUCAGAGAUGGGCUCCUACCAGGAGCUGCUGGCCCGGGACGGGGCCUUCGCCGAGUUCCUGCGCACGUACGCCGGCACCGAGCAGGAGCAGGCGGAGCAGGAUGACGGGUUAGCAGGCCUGAGCGGUCCCGGGAAAGAGACGAAGCAGAUGGAGAACGGCAUGGUGGUGACGGACGCUGUGGGGAAACAGCUGCAGAGACAGCUCAGCAGUUCCUCGUCCUAUAGCGGGGACGUCAGCCGGCACCACAACAGCACGGCCGAGCUGCAGAAAGCUGGGGCCAAGAAGGAGGACACGUGGAAACUGAUGGAGGCAGACAAGGCCAAGACAGGACAGGUCAAGCUGUCCGUGUACUGGGAGUACAUGAAGGCCAUUGGACUGUUCAUCUCCUUUCUGAGCAUCUUCCUGUUCUUGUGUAACCACGUUGCCGCCCUGGCCUCCAACUAUUGGCUGAGCCUCUGGACGGAUGACCCCAUCAUCAACGGGACCCAGCAGCACACUAACGUCCGGCUGAGCGUCUAUGGAGCCCUGGGCAUCUCCCAAGGUAUCGCCGUGUUUGGCUACUCCAUGGCGCUGUCCAUCGGGGGCAUCUUCGCCUCCCGCCGUCUGCACCUGGACCUGCUGCAUAACGUCCUGCGCUCACCCAUGAGCUUCUUCGAGCGGACCCCCAGUGGGAACCUGGUGAACCGCUUCUCCAAGGAGAUGGACACGGUGGACUCGAUGAUCCCGCAGGUCAUCAAGAUGUUCAUGGGCUCCCUGUUCAACGUCAUCGGCGCCUGCAUCAUCAUUCUGCUGGCCACGCCCAUCGCCGCGGUCAUCAUCCCGCCCCUGGGCCUCAUCUACUUCUUUGUCCAGAGGUUCUACGUGGCUUCCUCCCGGCAGCUGAAGCGCCUGGAGUCUGUCAGCCGCUCCCCGGUUUACUCCCACUUCAACGAGACGUUGCUGGGGGUCAGCGUGAUCCGGGCCUUUGCGGAGCAGGAGCGCUUCAUCCACCAGAGCGACCGGAAGGUGGACGAGAACCAGAAGGCCUACUACCCCAGCAUCGUGGCCAACCGGUGGCUGGCCGUGCGGCUGGAGUGUGUGGGCAACUGCAUUGUCCUCUUUGCUGCUCUGUUUGCCGUCAUCUCCCGGCACAGCCUUAGCGCCGGCUUGGUGGGCCUCUCCGUGUCUUACUCGUUGCAGGUCACCGCCUACUUGAACUGGCUCGUUCGGAUGUCGUCAGAGAUGGAGACCAACAUUGUGGCGGUGGAGAGACUCAAGGAGUAUUCAGAAACCGAGAAGGAGGCUCCCUGGCGUAUCAAGGAGAUGGCUCCAGCCAGCACCUGGCCCCAGGUGGGCCGAGUGGAAUUCCGGGACUACGGCCUGCGUUACCGAGACGACCUGGACUUGGUUCUCAAGCACAUCAACGUCACUAUUGAGGGAGGGGAAAAGGUUGGCAUCGUGGGGAGGACAGGAGCUGGGAAGUCAUCCCUGACCCUGGGGUUGUUUCGGAUCAACGAGUCUGCCCAGGGAGAGAUCAUCAUUGACGGUGUCAACAUCGCCAAGAUUGGCCUGCACGAUCUCCGGUUCAAGAUCACCAUCAUCCCCCAGGACCCCGUUUUAUUUUCGGGUUCCCUCCGCAUGAACCUGGACCCGUUCAGCCAGUACUCGGAUGAGGAAGUCUGGACAUCGCUGGAGCUGGCUCACCUCAAGAACUUCGUGUCGGCCCUUCCCGAUAAGCUGAACCACGAGUGUGCAGAAGGCGGGGAGAACCUGAGUGUCGGGCAGCGCCAGCUUGUGUGCCUGGCCCGGGCCCUGCUGAGGAAGACGAAGAUCCUUGUGUUGGAUGAGGCCACGGCGGCCGUGGACCUGGAAACGGAUGACCUCAUUCAGUCCACCAUCCGGACGCAGUUCGACGACUGUACUGUGCUCACCAUCGCUCACCGGCUCAACACCAUCAUGGACUACAUGAGGGUGAUCGUACUGGACAAAGGAGAAAUCCGAGAGUGCGGGCCCCCAUCCGACCUCCUGCAGCAGAGAGGCCUCUUCUACGUCAUGGCCAAAGAUGCUGGCUUGGUGUGAGCCCCGGAGCUGGUGCAUCUGGUCUGAUCUGCAGCGGUCAUGUGCCAGCCUCCCAGGAGGAGUCAGCUUCCUUGGAAACCCAAGCCUCCUGUAUACUGAAACCAAAAAAAAAAAAAAGAGAAACCAAACCCAAAGAACCAAACCACACCCAAAGCAGCCAUCCUCUGGCCCACCAGCCUGGACUUGGCCGUGAAGAAGCAGGAGAGACCCAGAGAUGCAGUCCACCCAAAACUCGCACACCCUCGCCUCUGUCACCCCCCACAAGAAGCACACGUGCUCUCAUACCCCUGAAAAUGCCGGCUUGUGCUCUUGGUGCUCUGCGGGGAGGUUCUGGCAGCCAGACCCCAGAGAAAUUUGUUGCGGGAAAUAUGCUAGUGACCAAAUCCAGCCAACUGCCUCACACCUCUCCAGCAAAAGCCUGUGGACUCCAAGUCUCUGAGAAGCUCCCUGGCAGCUGGCCCCAGCACUUCUGAUGUUCUCGUCUGGCUGUACUCAGAAUGCUUCGUUUCCUCGCCUCUGCAGCUCAGAGGUGGAGACCAUUGUCACCGUCAGGCAGUGUCCCAAGGGCCAUGGACACUUCUCUCACCAACCAUCUGGUCUUCCAGGCGCUACGAUGCUGGGAACCAACGUCCCAGCCCUGCCUCACAGGCCAGAGGCAGCCUCGUCACCCACGCGUUUCCCUUCCCACGGGCAGGACUUGGCUGGACUUGCAGGCAUCCCAGACCUGGAAGCCCUGGGUCUGGAGGUCCUCUCGCAAUCCCAGCUUCCCAGCUGGGUUGCUCCCCUCCUCAUCACCCACUCCAGCCUUUUCCUCGCCUUCCCUCCUGCCUCUUUGCCCAUUGCUAGAAGGGGUUUACUCCUGUAGGUACCUGAAUGAGGUCUGCUCUGGGUUGUGAAGCGUUUGAAGCCAAGAACACUGGGCACCUCUCAAGUAUGACCAGCGGGCACGGAAAAGAGCCCGUUGAAUCUUCUUGUUUUUAGAUUUCAGUUUCUCACCCGUGGCCUCCGGUUAGCUGCCAAGGGUGGCAGUGUGGAGAACUUGACAUUUACUUACGGCGUGUCUUCCAGGACAAGAAAGGAACCUAUUUACAAAUACCAGUGUUUUCUUUUUCUUUAUGAAAGUACUGCUCUUGUAGGAAACCAGUCUCAAAAUGACUUUUGAUUUCUAGGGAGGAAGUAUUGGGCCUUCCCAGUGAAGAGCCAAGCUGGCCUGGCAUCUGACAGUUGGUCCGCGUGUUCCUGGAAGAAGACAGGAGACGUGGAGUCCUUCGAGGCCUGUCCUGUAGGUCUUUCAGUUGGAGACCAAAGGGAGACCCAAAAAGGAGAGAGAGGUCACUGCUGCCCCAUGAUUGGCGUUGCUGACUUCAAACCCAGAAGCGUCUUUCUUCCUUUAGGUGGAAAUACAUAUUUAUUUUUUGUAAGUUAUACCAUUCUUUCUCAAUAGAUAAACGAAGUUUUUCUUGGGGGUCUUUUUGUAAUGACUUACACUGGAAAUGAGAACAUUUGCAAACAAUUUACAGUAAAAAAAAAAUAUUUUAUUUCUUUCUAAA